AUGGUGGGCAGUGGCAGCAGCAGCCGCAGCGGUAGCUGCGGCGGCAGCGGCCGAGGCCGGGGUCGGCCGCAGCGGUCCUGCGCCUCCCGCGAUUCUGGGGGUGACGAUUUGCUUGCAGGGUCGCACAUAGGUGCAGUAGGACGGCGGCGGGGCGGCGCCAUGUGGUGCCACAUAUGCCGCGACAGCGUCAGCCGCAGCGAGGACUCGGUGGUGGAGUGCACAGCGUGUCCUAAGCGGUUUCACCUGGAGUGUUUGCAACAAGAAGGUAUCGUAGCGCCGGGACAAGUCGUCGACUUGAACACUUGGCUGUGUCCGCAGUGCCUAGAGGAAGCAGAGGAGGAUGAGAUGACCAACGAUGAUAAAUGCUUUCUUUGCAGAAAGUCAGACAUCGAGGAUGAGUCGGGUGGCAAGUUGAUAAUGUGCGACGGCUGUCCGCACUCGUACCACAUGUCGUGUUUGAAGUUGACGAUAGAGCCAGACGAGGAGAAGUGGUUUUGCCCCGAUUGCAACCCCUCUGCGUUCAACACGGAUGAGAUACGCAGGCUGGGUAGGGGCUCCACGGCGCCCAGAAGCGGCGACACGGUGAACAGCAGCACAUGUUACGUGUGCCAGAGGCCGGGGAAGCUUCUGGGAUGCGAUUUCUGUGUUAAUUCGUUUCACCCUUCUUGUCUGGUCGAUGUUGACUGGAAUUCGAUCGGGGAGGAGUGGGAAUGCCCGGUAUGCAAGGGCUUUGAUCCACUGGCUAAUCAAAUGCACAAAAGAUGGACGCGACAAGAAAUUGAGACGAAGAAGAAGGAAAGGGCAAAAAACUACGAAAAGUUCAGGAGCAAGAUUAUGAGAUACAGAAAUAGAUUCCUUGUUGUACACCAGAAAGACCUUGGGCCCUUCGUAAACCCCAAGAUUCUCCAGGCUCUCGCCAGAACUUUGAAGGCGAACAUCGCAGGCCCGACUUCCCGGAGGGGGCGUGGAGGCGGUGCUGGUGGAUCCCGUUUGUGCGUCGAACGGUCGUUGUCAGAUGUGUUGGAGCAGCUGGAGGAUGAGGCUGCAGAAGAAGCUGAGAAGUUUACAAGAAGAGCCUACAGGUCGUGCCGUCACGCGUCGGGACGUCCGAUCAAGGGCUUGCCUUUAAGAGAGGGAAUCACUUUAAAGCCUCAUCAGGAAGAAGGAGUUGAUUGGCUGCUUCGCUCAUUCCUUACUGGAGGCGCCAUUUUGGCAGAUGAGAUGGGUCUGGGCAAGACUAUUCAGACUUUGUGCUUUCUGUCCUACUUGAGCGCCAUGAAGGUGGACGGGCCUCACUUGAUUGUCGUUCCUCUUUCGACUGUGGGAAAUUGGCUCCAUGAGAUACAUCGCUUUACGCCGUCGCUGACUCACAUUAAGAUCUGCGGCUCGCGAAAUGAGCGGCAGCAUGCCAUGCAAGACCGCCUUGCGUCGAAAGGUUUGUAUGACUUGUACGUCACGACGUACGAGACUGUAAAGAGCGAGGAGGAGUUUUUCGUGGAGCAGAUCCCCCAUUGGCAGUGCAUUGUCCUUGAUGAGGCGCAUCGCAUAAAGAAUGCUUCGGGUGCGAUUCGUCAUUCCCUGGAUAGGGUGCAAGGAAACAUGCGCCUUUUGCUAACUGGGACGCCGCUGCAGAACAAUGCUCAAGAGUUGUUCACCCUCAUCAACUUUCUAAUGCCCGAUGUGUUCAGAGAUUCCCUCGUCAUUGAACAGGCAUUCGCACAGAAUGCGAAGUCUGCUGCAGGGAAAUCUGGGGGAAAGCAGCCGAGGGGUCGCUCUAAGGCGGCGGCACUAGCGGAGAUGGAUGUGGACACAAUGUUCAAGCAGGAGGACUUGAACAAGAUCCGGCAGUUGCUCGAUCGAGUGAUGUUGCGGCGGCUCAAGGAGCAAGCCAUCGCACUUCCACGCAAAGUGUUUCAUGACAUUUGGCUACCUAUCUCAGACUUGACGGCCCAGUGGUACCGCAGGUUGCUAGAAAUCAAGUCUCUGCAGGAGGAAGCCAGAUCGAAUUCAGCGCGUGUCAACUUCAGAAAGAUGUUGGGCCUUGUCAUUAAGAUGAGGAUUCUUUGCGCUCACCCGAAGGGUGUUUGCGCUAGAGAGUCGCAACUACAGCGGCUCCAGGCUUUUUUCAGCCAAGAGGAUCCGGCACUGCAGGAGGAGGUGACGAGAGCAGCACGGGAGCUGCAAUCUGUUGAAGGAGCGGCACACCUUGCUGGUUCUUCUAAGUUAUUGUUUUUAGACAAGCUUAUGUGUCAUCUCCACUACCUGAACUGCAAAUACGUGCCGGCUUACGAGAGAGACUACAUGGCCCAUAAAAACGACGCGGCCACUUACGAAUUCUACAAGCGCCAUGAAGAGGCAGUGUUGGCAGCCUUGGCUGAAGGGAGGAAGCCCCCGAGGCGGCCAAAGAGAAGCGAGCUGAUAGGCAUCCCUGAGUAUAGGGCUUUGUUAGAACGGGGCAUGCCAAGCAGGGAUCUGACAACCGCCAGGGACGAAUCGUUCCUGAAAGAGGGGCUUUAUGCUGCUGAGCCAGUUAUGCCAACAAAAGAAUCAUGCAACCCUGAGCUGCAGGAGAGAAAACGCGGACAAGGAGAGCACGACAGCGUAUCGGAUAAUGAGGGUGCAGAGGAACAAAGCCAAGAAGUAGAGGGGGACUUAUCAGACGCAGACGUAGCUACCACGCCCCCAGAGGACCAGCCCAGGAGCAGAGCUGAGCGGCGCUCUAGGCGACAUCUAAUAGUGGAUGAGGAGGACCUGAUGCAGACGGACCCAACUUGUGCAGCUCAGGACUCGCAGGAACCGACAGCAACGGGGGCAGUAGCCAAAGGGGAAGCUGAUGGUGCAGCUUUAACCCCAGCCGCUCCCGUCUCCCAGGAAGAUGGUGCUGAUAGUGAAAAGGCGCAGCUUAAUGUGAAGAGUCCCGUUGCGUCAGAAGCGAAGCGCGAGGGGGAUGACAAGAGCAACAUGCCGACUGCCUGCUGUACAGGUAGCCCCGCUAGCCACAAAGACCAUAAGGAAAGUGUCGAUGCACUGGAUGCUCAGCCGAUAAAGACAGAAGAUGGUCCGUCUCCUGCGCGCCAGACAGAGGUGAACGAGACCAAAAAGGAACUUCCUUCCGGAGUGCCGGCAGCAGCAGUUCAGGUUUCAGAAGGACACGCGAAGCAACAGGACUCUUCCCCUGAGAGUGAGCGCAGUGAUUUUAAGAGCAAUGGAGGAAAGACAGCGAAGGCUGACGCCGCGAGCACUCCCAGGGUACAGAGGCUGCUGAUCUUUACGCAAUUUCAGCUUGUUUUGGAUGAAUUGGAGGCAUAUUGCAAGUACAGGGGUUGGAGGUACCUUCGAUUGGACGGAUCUACGAAUAAGUUUGUGCGGGAGCUGGACAUCAGGGACUUUAACAAUGACAAUACUUGUUACUUUGUAUACCUAAUUUCCACAAGAGCAGGAGGCCUGGGCAUUAAUCUGACAGCUGCCAACCACGUCGUUAUCUAUGACCAUGACUGGAACCCUUUCAUUGAUUUGCAAGCCGUUGAUAGGCAAGCUGUUUCCUUAAUUAAUCCCAUGAUGUGCCUAGCUCAUCGUAUCGGACAGCAGCGGGAAGUUCACGUGUGGUCUCUGGUCAGUGAAUGGACGGUUGAAGAGCGCAUGGCAUUCCGAAGGGAACAGAAGCUGCGCCUGGACAAACUACUGGUGCAACAGCAGAUAGAGGAGGAAGCAUUGGCCCUUGACGGGGAAGACGGAGAAGACAUCAAAGAGCAUAGAUCUGAGAAGAUAUCGACGGACGAAGUCCGGAAGCUGAUGCUUCAUGGGAAGAAAGCUAUUGUGCAAGUUGCGGCAACGGGCACUGAGGAUAUCUCAAACCUGCCUUUGGAAGACCUAACCUGCCGAUCUCGUCAGCCUCUCCCAGUGCUUGGAGAGGACGAGGAGCCAUUGGGAGCUUCGGCUUCGUUCGAGGAAGACCUGGAUGAGAAAAAUUUAGUUGAUAUAAACGAAGUCAUGGAUGAAGAGGCGGAGGAGCGCCGCAACCAGCAACAGCUCGUAGAGGGCACUGAGGAGCCCGCGGCUCCAGAGGGUCCUUGCGAUGCCCCUGGGGCGAAAACAGGCACAGAACCUGAGGAAGCGAAACCCAGCGGAAGCACUUCUCCCUGCGGUGCAGAGGAAGAAGUGGAGCUGUGUGAGGCUUCAUCAGGGGCUCCACCCAAGGGAGGCCUGGAGGCUGAGUUGCAGAGUGCAGGAGUAUUAUGGCGCUCUGGAAGAGAGCGUAAGAAACCUGUCGCGCUUUACGUCCCACAGGAGUUCACGCAGCGGGAGGAGCGUCGUAAGCUACGUCACGAGACGCGGUGCUUUGUGUGCGGCAACGGGAAGGACCACGUGCAGACAUCUGUAGACCGAGAAGGAAAGCCUGUGGAGGUGGCUUAUGGGGAUUUGGUCUGUUGCAGUGGCUGCCCCAAAGUGUACCAUCGCUGCUGCGAGGGUCUGCCGAAGGAUGUUAAGAAGAGCUGGCGCUGUCGCUGGCACGAGUGCGGUCUAUGCUUUCGGAAAACGUCACAAUGCGGCAACAUGCUCGUCCACUGCGCCCGGUGUCCCACGUCAUUCUGCUACGAUUGCUUCCCUCCGGACUAUUGCCGCUACAACGUUGGCGAGGACUAUUACAUGCAGCUUAGACAACGGGGCAUGAAUGUAACCCCGCAAAAUUGGAUUUUGUUUCUCUGCUCCAAGUGCAAAGCCGUGGAGGAGCAGCAGACUCGUCGUCGGCUGACGAAGGAGGAAAAGGACCAUGAGAAGUUGAUGCAACAGGAACUACGGCAACAGCAGCGGCAGCUGCAUCUCGAUGGCGCAAGGCUGCGACUUGAGAAGGAUGAGGUUAAGCAUUUGCAACGUCAGAGAGCAGAAGAGGAGAGACGGUGGUUUGAUCACAAGCAAGCGGUGGAUCGGUUGGACGAAGCAGGUGAGAUUGCGUUGAGGCAGGCGUAUCAACGUCUUUUCCCUGCUGCCUUUCUUGCGGAGAUUGAAAAGAGAUCCGCUGCAGCAAAAGCAGCGCAAAGAGCAUCUAGGGAGGCUGCUAUUGCAGAAGCAGUGAAUGCUGCUGCUGCCGCUGGAACCGACGGCCAAGCGGCAUUAGCGUCGGCAGCGGCGGCAGCAAUAAAGAAGGCAUCCAAAAAGCCCACAAACCAGCUAGCAAACAUGAAGCUACCCUCACAAAGUCUCAGCGUUUGUGACAAUUGCCGAUUUCCCUGCCAUGGGGUAAAGGAUUACCCGGGCCCGUGUUGCUUUCCCGAUGAAGUGAUACAAAAAUUUGUGGCACGAGCGCGGCCUGUGUCCCAGACAGGGCAGGAGCAGACAGGAGGACAUGCAGGCACAACGGGGCCUACGGAUGGCGUGAUUGACGUGGAUGCUUCCCCGGCUGAUGGGGCUGUGAAAGAGGGCUCAGACGUUUCUGCUUCGCCUGGCAUCCCACAAAGCGCGCUGCGGGCACUGGCGAGCUCGGCUGCUUUGCUGCAAGGAGGAUACAGUGAGGCAGGAGCCGCUGCGUCGGCGCCAUCGGUAGCAGGCAAUGACCAGAGGGUGAAGUACAUGCAGAGGCAGGUCUGCGCAGCGUGCCACGAGUGGCGCAUUGGGAAGAGGUCUCACACGAGAAAGCACUGCCCCACGCUUACUCCUGGACAGUUGCAGGAGUAUGACGAACGGCGAGCGAAGAUGCGACGUGUCGCGGAGUUGCUGCUGGCGAGGGAGCCUAUCCCCGACCCCAACCCGUGUGUCUAUGCGUCAGCAUCCCCCCAGCGACUCAAAGCUUUCUUUCAGCAGUACCAGGAAGCGGCGGACAAGGUUUUGGAGGAGUGCAUGGUAGCUGCAGGCCUUCAGCAUGCAAUCGCCUCGCGCUUUACCUCGGGCAAACGGGGAGUGCCCUCCCCUGCGGGAUACGGCUCAGCAGCAACACCACAAGGAGCGCAGAGCGCGUUGCCUUCAAUAAACAAUGUAGCUUCCAACAAAGACCGUAUAUCGAUGAUCCUGAACCGCAGCAAGGAGCUGCUGCUCCUCAAGCGUCAGAAGGAACUGCAAGUAUUGGCUACCCUCUCAGCUGCCAAUGGACGAGCGCCAGGCGCAUCUCUGGCCAACCUGCACAACGAGCAAAAGAAGCUGUUGAUGGGUGUUACGGGAGAUGGAGAAAGGUCUCUCAUGACGCCUUCUGAUACAAACAGCGAAGUUGAAGUGUUGGGGGUCGCAAAGGGUCAGCCAGUGCCGGGCGUUUCAUCUGCGGCUCCGGCCGACAACUGUGUCCCACCUGCUGCUGCUGCAGCUAUAGCAGCUGCAGAUUGCGCAGCUAAGAGCGCCACGGGAAAGCGACACAGCAUUGAUAGACCCAACAGUGGCGCCCGCGGCGCCACCAUCGCGGCAGCUCCUGUAAUUGCGAAGAGGCAGAGGAAAACCAUGUUAUCGAAGACAGGGGAAGCGAUGGCUGCGUGUGUGCAAGCUGCAGAGAUGGGGCUUCCGGGCGCUGGGGGUUCCAUUGCUGCGUCAGCUGUCGCGGCGGCAGUGAAGCAGAAGUCCAUAAUUGAUUUUUUCACAUCCAGGAACAGAGCAGCAGCUACUGGCGGCUCAGGGAUGAAGCAGCCGUUAUUGGCAGGCUCAAGAGUUCAAGGUGUCGCGCGUCCGGGAGGAAUGCCGGUUGCAGCCUUAGCUCCAUGGGGCGCCAAACAGGCUUCAGAUACAGAGAGUGAUUGA